CUCCUCGUCUCCCCGGCCCUAGCUUCCAUUCCACUGCCGCACGGCACGGGCGCACGCACGCCUGGCCGCCUCCUCUUCCACCGACCGCCGCACGGGCGCACACCGUAGCACCCCCCCCCCACUCCGUCGGUCCAGGGAUCCACAGGAGGAGGCGGCACCGGCGUGGCGGCGCACCAGGCUCAAAAAUGCCACCGACCGGAGGUGGUUCUGCUUCAGCUGCUGGCUCGUCGGCGUCCCAAUGCUCGCUCAUCCUAGAGCCGCCAUUGCCAUUGAUGAGGUCAAGGUCAACCAAUGGAAGCCCUCCCCGUAGUCAAGAACAUGGCUUGUGUUUGUCUAGUGCAACUCCUGCAUCUAGCCCAACACCAAUUGCUGCAUUUUCUUUGCCAAGUGGAGGUAGCGGCAGUGGUGGUGUUGGUGGCAGUGGCACUGGUGGAGCAGCUGGUGGUGGCAAUGGCGGUGCAGCUGGUGGCAGCGGCAAUGGUGGUGCUACUGGUGGGCAGCAAGGUACAGAUACUGCAAAUCCAAUCAUUGUUGAGGGUGAUGAGCCUCUGCCAAAGGGAAAGAAGCAGAAGAAGUGCACAAGUGCACAUCUGAUGUAUGGCAGUAUUUUACCAAGAAGAGGCUGGUCAUCGAGGACAAUGGGAAGACAUAUGUUCAGUUGUGGGCUCAUUGCGAUUUCCCAAGAUGCAAGCACAAGGGCAGACGUGAGAGCAAUUAUGGAACAACGGGAUUUUGGACCCAUAUGAGGGUGGCACAUAGUAUAGUGAAGGGCCAGCAGCAGCUCAAAGCUGAAGCAGACAAUGGAAAAGGUGUCACUACUGUGGUACCAUACAGGUAUGGUGAAGAGGAUAGCCUCAAAAAUUUUUACUUGGCAAUAGUGAUGCAUGAGUAUCCAUUUAAUAUAUCUGACCAUGAGUAUUUUGUUGAGUUUAUCAAA